AUGGGCCUUGGGCUGACGCAGGAGCAGAUUGCCACCUUCCGGGUCAAGUUUGAUGAGCUCGACGCCGACGGCUCGGGCUACAUCACGGCCGACGAGCUGGGUGCGCUGGCGGCGGCGAUUUCGACCGACGACGACGUGGCCGAUGUCGACGAGCUGAUGGCCGAGGCCGACGUUGACGACGAUGGCCAGAUCUCGUUCUUUGAGUUUUGCAAGAUCAUGUCCGAGGCUCAGGCCGACAACUACCGGCUGAUCUGGGAGGUCUACCGCUACGCCACCGGUGGCAGCGGCCUGCUCACCGAAAAGGCGCUGGGCAAGCUGAUGAGCAAGGCGGGACGGGCCAAGUACGCCAAGUCCUCGGGAUCGUCAAUUGGCAUGAUCGACGAGGCCAACCUCCGCACGCUCCACGGCGUCAACCCGCUCUACACCCAGCAGGUGGCGGCGUCGGCCGACCGCAGCGCACGCAAGAAGCUCAUUUCAGUCCUUGAAUCCGAGGAGCGCAAGGAGCUCUCGCUGGAGGCUUUCGCGCGUGCGCUUGGCCACGAGGGCACCAUCGACGAGCUCUCUGACCUCUCGGGCUCGGGCUCCGGUUCGGACACCGUCUCGGACAACGCGCCCAAGAGCCGCAAGCGCCGCGGUGGCCCCAAGCGCCGAGCCGGCCAGCGCGCCGGCGGUGUGCCCACCAUUGCCGCUCAUGAGUUCUUCCUCGGCAAGACGUACGACAUCGAGUUCCAGCCGGCGCUCACCGUCAAGGAGCUGCACAAGGCUGUGGCCAAGGCUGCCGCCGAGCCCGUCGCCAACGUCCGCCUCUUCCACAACGGCUUUGAGCUCGAGGCCAAGGACGGGACCACGUGCGGCGAGCUCGGCAUGGAGGCGAACGAGACCCAAGUCCAUGUCCUCUACCACCCGCGGACCAACAAGCUCUCGUGGGGCGACGCUGUCGGCGCCGAUGGCGAGCUGGACCUCGACGUCAUCUUUAAGCACUUUGAGCACGAGGGUGCCAUCUCGGACUCGUUUGCCAAAAAGCUGGUCAAGAAGGCGACCCGCCACUUUCAGGCCCAGCCGACCAUGAUCGAGGUCGCGGGCCCGAUCACCGUCGUCGGUGACAUCCACGGUCAGUUCUUUGACCUCCGCAACAUCUUUGAGGCUGGCGGCGCUCUCGGCGACCGCAAAUACCUCUUCCUCGGCGACUACGUCGACCGCGGCUACUUUUCGACCGAGACCGUGCUCUUCCUCCUCGCCGCCGUCCUCCGCUACCCGGACAAGGUCUUCAUGCUCCGCGGGAACCACGAGUCGGCGUCGCAGGCCGCAAAGGCCUCCGGCUCCGGAUCGGAGAUCACCCGGAAGCUCUCGCAGAAGAUGCUCGACUCGCUCAUCAACAUGUACCAGUCCAUGUCGCCGUGCGCCCUUCUCGAGUCGACGCCUGGAUCGGGCCACAAGUUCUUCUGCUGCCACGGUGGCAUUGCCAAGGCCUUCCCCAAGGUCUCCAAGCUCGCCACCUUUGACCGCACACCCGAGGACGAGCGCAUUGCUAAGGGCAAGCUCAAGGAGAUCAUGUGGAACGAUCCGGCGCCCGACCACGACUUUAGCGACGACGACGAGGCCCACCCAAGGGCUCGGACGCAAAGUGGCGCCUCGACAAGCUCCAAGCGCGAUUGGGCAAAGUCCAAGCGUGGCCGCAACAUCUACACCUUCUCGCUCGCCGCCACCAAGGCCUUCCUCGCCCGCAACAACAUCCGCGGCAUCAUCCGCGGCCACCAGCAGAAGCCCGGCUACUCAGUCUCCAAGCCCGGCCCGUUUGGCAUCCCGGCCGUUAUCACCGUCUUCUCCGCCCCCAACUACGUUGACCAGUCGCUCGCCAUGGGCGGCGUCGCCAAGUUUGACAAGGGCAACAAGCUCUCGCUCAAGGAGUACACCUGGUCCUUCCAUCCCGUUUACCACAACGGCGCUCACCUGACCAAGCCGUUUGAGAAGAACUACGUCAUGGAGGCCUUCCUCGUCUACCUCUCUCACUUCCAUCCCAAGAUCCUCAAGACCGUCUCGCUCGUCCACCUCCGCUCCACCAUCGAGGCCCGUAAGUUCAUCGCCGUCAUGCGCGCACGUGGCCACGACGUCACCCUCGCCGACCUGCAGGAGGCCACCUCGGACUGGGACUACCUCAAGGCUAACCUGCUCGAGGUCCUCUCCCACUCCAAGUCGCCCUCCGUCCGUGCCUUCCGCCGCGACAAGCUCAAGCGCAAGACCGGCUCCAACUGGGCCAAGGGCUUUGACCAUCUCGCCUACUCGAUCCUCGCCGAGGCCCAGAACGAGGUCGAGGAAAUCACCUAUGAUGUCUAGCUGCACAGCUGUUUGUUGUCACGCCCUGUGCCACCAUCGCCCAUCAACCACCAUCCUCCUCGAUAAAUCCUAGCCCA